AUGUCGAAACGCCCAGAAUUGACGCACGAAGCGCUGUCGAAGUUUUAUAAUGUGGGCUAUUUGUGCGAAGAAUGCGCGCAUUUCUGUCAUACCAAUCGAGGCCAUGACGUUGUCGCGUUGGGCGUGAAGGACAACGUGAAAUGCGAUUGUGGAAACCGAAUCUUUCUCCAAUUGGAUGAGUUGGGAGUUUCCGAAGAGGGUCAUUCGUUUCAUUCUUGUUAUUUGUGUCCCGGGAAGCCGGAGUGGAAUCCGUGCAAUGUGUACUCGCAUAAUUGCAGAGAACGCUGGUGUUAUUGCGAUGAAGAGGAGCGUUUGCCGAUGGUUCAAUGCGUGAAAUGCUGCGAUUGGUUUCAUAAUGAUUGUGCGGAGAAAGUGUGGAGCGAAACACACGAGGGACAGACGAUCGAUUUGAACGAUGAAUCGAUUGACUUCGUGUGCAGAGAUUGCGAGAAGAAGGCAGGCGCUCCGUCUGCGUCGAUGGCUCCCUCGCAAUCCACUUUUAUUGGCGGCGGAGGAGAAGCAGGGAAGUCUAUGGAGACUGUGGAAACAGGGGAAACAGGGGAAACUGUGGAAGAUGCGGAGAAUGAAGAAGAUUUGGAAGAGUUGAUUCGAGAGAAAAGAUCGAAGAAUGAUCGAACGGGCGCCAUGAAACUUAUGCUGCGAUAUAUGCUGAAGAAAUCGCUGAAUCAAUCCAAGUCAAGUAAGCGAAGUAUCAUCGUGGAAAGUGACGUGAAUCGAGCCACCGAAGAAUUGUCGCGUGUGAUGCGUCGAUUGAAUGGUUUGUCGUCUUCUGUUUUUUAA